AUGCGAUCGUAUCAGCAGAGUGACAACUACCUCCGUGACACUUUCCCGCGCUACGCAACUUCACGCCUGUCAGAUAUGUCCCGAAGCACAAUUAUGGUCUUGGCAAUGUUCGGCCUCUCGGCGAUUUGUAUUUUGCCUGCAUCAUCCGCGCAGGCUCUAUCGCAGUAUGAUGCAUCAUCAGCGGUAUCGGACAAUGGAAGCGGGUGGGACGCUUUAGGCGGGCUGUACGCGCUACUAGCGCAGCACGAUGCGUUGGGCGGCCACGCACUCGCCCGCAAGUCAGUACGCUCGCCCUCCCGCCGCCUGCGCUUCGGUCGCCGCUCAGACCCCGACAUGCCACCUCAAGCACCCCUCGAUGACAUGGAUGAGCUGCUUGCCCUGCGCGAGGUGCGAUCCCCCGUACGCCUACGUUUCGGGCGCCGUUCCGACGAGCGCGCCGUGCCUCACAUCUUUCCCCAAGAGGAGCAAGACCGAUCUGCUCGAGCUCCUUCUAUGCGCCUUCGGUUCGGUCGCCGUUCAGACAACAAUAUGUUUUUACUGCCUUACGAGUCGGCAUUACCAAAGGAAGUGAAGGCGAGCUCUGAAGACGACAGACAGCAAAAG